CAAAUUAUCUCGUCACUGUUCACUUCCAAUCCGAAGCCGGAUGUUCCUCUCCCUGCAUCGAAUGUUCCAAGUAAACCGGGGCGUCCCAGCAAUGCGCCACUCAUGGAUAUGUCGACUUUCACCGGGUUGGGCCUCGACCCCCUCAUAGCGACCUUCCUAACCACGAAAAUGAACAUCGCGAAGCCUACUUCAAUUCAACGAGCUGCUUUGCCAGCUCUGAUACCACGCUCGGGAGAGGAGCCGAAUACUAGGGAUGUUUUCAUUCAGGCGCAGACCGGAUCCGGCAAAACCUUAGCUUUCCUCCUACCGAUAAUCCAGGACCUCUUGAGUCUCAGUACGCUAUCCUGGAUAGACCGGUCCAUCGGCACGCUCGCGAUCAUCAUCGCACCCACACGAGAGCUCGCGAAACAAAUAUACGAUGUCCUGGAGGCCUUGCUGAAGAUGCGACUCCGUCCCGAAGACGCCAACGCAGACGACCCUACCUCCCAGCGCAUGACCCGCUGGAUAGUUCCCGGCCUCCUCACUGGCGGUGCAGAUCGCAAUCAUGAGAAAGCACGCUUGCGGAAGGGCGUACCUAUUCUCGUCGCAACGCCCGGCCGACUUCUUGACCAUCUACAGAACACAUCCUCGUUCAACGUCGGAAAAUGCCGCUGGCUUGUUCUCGACGAAGCCGACCGGUUGAUGGAACUAGGCUUUGAGGAAACCAUCACCGGGAUCCUGAAAGCGUUGGAGGGACGACGAAAGCUCGCGAUUCAGGCCGUCAAAGAGGGGAAGAGCCUGGAGCCUGGAGGAUGGGACUGGGAUCGGCGUAGGAGAACCUUGCUCUGCUCAGCCACGAUCAGGGAGGACGUUCAGAAGUUGGCAGGCGUCGCGCUGAACGACCCCCUCGUCGUCAAAGCUACCGUCGGCGACAAGUCCGACAAUGCGUCCUCCGCGACUCCGGCCGCCCUCACAGGCGACGAAUCUGCCAUUUCCACCACCACGAAGUUCACACCUCCCUCGCAGUUAUCUCAGAAAUACGUUGUGGUUCCCCUGAAGCUCCGCUUGGUAACGCUGGUAGCAUUGCUUCGGUCGAUCCUCGCUCAAUCGGAAGGCUCGAAGCGGACGUGCAAAAUCAUUGUUUUCUUCAGCUGUACGGACUCGGUGGACUUCCACUGGCGGUUACUUGGUGGGACUCGGAUGGGCGGUACUGAUCAACAAGAGAAAGGGGAUUCGGAUGAGAACGAAGACUCUGACGACGAAGAUGAUGACACAGAGGGUGAUAAGAAACCGCGAUCCAAAGGCAGCCAUGACGACGUGGAGGCCAAGUCUCCUCUCCUUCCAAGGGCAUCCAUCUAUCGGUUGCACGGUUCCCUGCCUCUCCCCACUCGUCAAGCGUCCCUAAAGGGCUUCGCCCAUGUGCCGCGGGACCAGUUGUCCACGCCCAAUCAUUCAUCAUCGUCAAUUCUUUUCUGCACCUCCGUAGCCUCGCGCGGACUCGAUUUGCCCUUCGUACGCGCUGUCGUCCAGUACGAUCUACCCACAGAGGGCGGCGCGACCGAGUACAUCCACCGUGUCGGGCGAACGGCGCGUGUCGGCAAAGGGGGCGAGGCGUGGAGCUUCGUACUACCGAGCGAAGUGCAGUGGGUGCAGUGGGUAGAGCGGAAGAUGGCUGGUGACGCGACUGCAGGGGAGAAGCAGCGCGAUCAGGAUCAGAGCGUUAGUUUGCAGGCGGUCGCGAACGAAAGCGUGCUUAGCAAAGGCUUCUCCGGAGGGCCGUAUCAUGAGCGCGCGACCGAAGUGCAGCUUGCUUUUGAGCGAUGGGUGCUUCGUAGUAAAGAGCAUCUGGCUCUUGCAAGUCAAGGAUUCUCGUCCCACGUUCGCGCGUACGCGACGCACCCGUCGGACGAGAAACAUAUCUUCCACAUUCGCAACCUCCACCUUGGACAUCUUGCCAAAUCCUUCGCUCUUCGCGAACCGCCCAGCAUGGUGAAGAAGGCCAAACAGUCCGCGGCGAAGGCUGGCAAGAAGUCGAAGCCGGCGGAUGGGGCAAAAAAGGCGAAUUCGUCCGCAACGAAGCAACCCGAGGCUCAUCGAAAGUCCACGAAGGAGAAGCAGAAGAACUGGGAAGAAGACCAUGACAAGGAUGCGGAGAAGCGGAUGAGGGAGGCGGUUCGAGCGCAGGGAAAGACCCUGAAGAAGGCUGGCGUAUUGAUGAGCAACGACACGGGUGAGUUCCAGUUGGCGUCUGGCGACAUGUUGGAGAAGCUGGUGCGCGGCGGGUGAUCAAAACCCAUGAACUCUGCCAUUGUGCGCACAAUGGCCGCCUCCCUGGAUGAAUUACUCGCAUGUUUGCUGCGGGCCUAGGAGCGAGGGAACGACGUCGCAACACACUACCUUUCCUUGCCUUAGCAUCAGCCCCACGGGCUCAUGGUGGAAGUUGGUAACCUCGUGGGGGAUCAUAAACCAUCGAUCGAGGAUUUCAUCUGCAGCGCAAUACCUGUACAUCUGUGAACCUCGUAACAUGGCUAUGUAACCAUGAUUGUAACACUCGCACACCGGUACACUACUACUGCGGUCGAAUU